CAUCCGCAGGCGGGGGUGGGUGAGGGUCGCUCCCGGAAGUAGCCCUUGCGCGUCCCGGAACCCGAGCCCCUUCCCCCGGCUCCGCGGGGCCUUUGGCGCCUUCCCGAGGCUCUCGCGGUGGCUCUCGGGAGAAACGCGGUGGCCGGCGGAGUGGCGGCAGGUCACUGCCGGCCGCAGUGGGGCGGUCGGCUGCGGCGGGAGCCGCACCUGGCUUCGCGUGCCCGGUCUCAGCGGGCCUAGAUUCACGUGGAGGCUCCCCACGGCACCCGCCUCGUAGUCAUCAUCCUAUGUGCCUCCGUGGAAGGGAGAGUGGUGGUAGGACUGUGGCUGCCGGUGACUGCACAAGACCCCACCUCGACCCAGGGAGUCCAUCAGGAGUUGGGGCUCCUGGAGCGUAGCCUUGGGACCCCGCUGGCCCUCAAGCAGGGCUGUCAGAAGCGGGCCUCCGGCGCUGGCCCAGGCGGAGUGGAUGGUGCCUUUUUCAGGGUGAGCCGUCAGCCGAUCCCCCGUGGCAUCCGCGUCCCUGUGUCAGAACCACCGGGGCCUCCCCCCCACUGACCUCAUCCGAUGGAGUCGCAGGGUGAGAAGCCAGCAGAGCCCGACGGGGUGCGCGUCACACCCCAGCUGCUCAAGUCUCGCUCGGGUGAGUUCGCGCUGGAGUCCAUCCUGCUGCUGAAGCUUCGGGGCCUGGGGCUGGCGGACCUGGGCUGCCUGGGGGAGUGCCUGGGGCUCGAGUGGCUGGACCUGUCGGGCAACGCGCUCACGCAGCUGGGCCCGCUGGCCUCCCUGCGCCAGCUGCUGGUGCUCAACGUGGCCGACAACCGGCUGACGGCGCUGGAGCCGCUGGCCUCCUGCGAGAACCUGCAGAGCCUCAACGCCGCGGGCAACCUGCUGGCCACCCCUGGCCAGCUGCAGUGUCUGGCCGGCCUGCGGGGCCUCGAGUACCUGCGGCUCCGGGACCCCCUGGCCCGGCUUAGCAACCCACUGUGCAGCAGCCCCUCGUACUGGGCGGCCGUCCGAGAGCUGCUCCCCGGCCUCAAGGUCCUCGACGGUGAGCGUGUGACGGGCCGGGGCAGUGAGUUCUACCAGCUGUGCCGGGACCUGGAUAGCUCCCUGCGCCCCAGCCCCGGCCCCGGCCCCAGGGCCACCGAGGCCCAGCCCUGGGUGGAGCCUGGCUACUGGGAGUCUCGGCCCCCCCGGAGCAGCUCCAUCCUGGAGGAGGCCUGCCGCCAGUUCCAGCACACCCUGCAGGAAUGCCACGACCUGGACCGCCAGGCCCGAGACAGCCUGGCCCAGGCCGAACGGGCGCUCAGCCCUGCCAGCACCACCUCGUCCUUCGUGUUUUGAGUGUGUCUGCGGUCUGUGGCAGCUGGGCCCACUGUGGCCUGGCUGCCCGCCUCUGCCCCCCUGCAGCGCCGGCUCUUUGUUUCCCCGUGUUCCUGAGAGCAGCCCCCCGCUUCUCCUCCUUCGGGAACAU